UACUCCCGCUCACGAUGCCCGUCUUCUACUCGCCCGUUGGCGAUAACGCCUACGUGGGAACUUCGGUGUUGAGCGAGCACGUGCACAGAGAGCGCCGUGACCUUUCACCUUCACAUUCAGUGGCCAACGAGGUGGCGUGCGACGUUCCUCUGCAGAUGUUAAUCUACUUCAACGUAUUUUAUUUCCCCUGCUGGUGGCUUUCCUCUGUCUGCAUGUUGGAAGUCAAGUUUGCGCACCUCCCAGGAUACUACCAAGGGCUACUGAUCGCCGGAAUCGUACUCAUCACCCUCGGCGAACUUCUCCGACUCUACCUCGGAUACUUCGGAAACCUCGAGGAGAACGUGCCGGCGCUGUCUUCCUUCUGCGUGCUGACGUUCCUGUUCCAGCUGCCCGUGUUGCUGUUCAUGUUGACGGACGAGGACGCGGUCGUGCUCCCCCUGGAGCGCGCCGUCCACUUGCUGUUCGUGGGCACGCUGCUGGCCCAGAGCCUGGCCGCCGGGCUGGCCGUGCGCAGGAUGAGCCGGAAGCUGACGCUGCUCUUCCACCUGGGCCAGCCGGCCCAGGUGAGGCCCAGGUUCGGACACGCCGGCCUGGCGGCCUACCGCCGCGCCGUCGCGCCCGCGCGCGCGCGCGCCACCUGCCGCUGACGUGGACUACAUUUCAUUUGACUGACGAGGUUACGAGUGUUUGCUUCGCUUUACAGCCCCAAUUCCAAUGAAGUCGGGACGUUGUGUUAUCAACAGCAAUCCAGACAGAAUACAAUGAGUUGUCAAAUCUAUAUUGAAUUGAACACACUCCAAAAACUAGAAAUUUAACGUUCAAACUGAUCAACUUGAUUGUUUUUAGCAAAUAAUCAUUCAUUUCGAAUUUUAGGGCCGAAGGAGUACACUUGUCUUUGUAGUCUAUUCAAUUCAAUAUAGGUUGAACAUGAUUUGCAAAUCAUCGUAUUCUGUUUUGAUUCAUGUUUAACACAACGUCCCAACUUCAUUGGAAUUGGGGUCCUACUUUGAUUACGUUAGUUACUUGAUUUCAUGCCAUUUCAUUUGAUUUGUUUAUCUUCUCAUUUCUAUUGGUUAUUAACUUCUUUAUUGUACUUUUUGGGGGGUUGAUUAG